AUGGCAUCGGGCUGGCACACGUUGCUCCUUUGGCUCAGCCUUUGCCAGGCAGAGCCGGGCCUGCGCGGAAGUGAGCUAACACGCGCCGCCAAUGAGAGACAACGCGACCUACAGAAGUGUGGAGUUCUCGGAGGUCAUCCAGGAUUUCAAAACCGCAUUAUGCAUGGGAGGAGCGCACAAAAAUGCACCUGGCGAUGGCAGGUGAGCCUGCAUGACACUCGAAGGAACAGUACAGAAUCUCACUUCUGUGGUGGGACACUCAUUGAUGCCAAGUGGGUCCUUACGGCGGCCCACUGCGUGGGGUCCUACAGCAAGUGCGAUAAAGGCUUCGUGCGUGUGGUCGCCGGUGAGUGGAACCACGCCAUCAAAGCGCGAAAGGAUAGCAUCUCCCAACGCAACGUUUCGAGGAUUCUAACACACCCGAGGUACUCUAGUGAGGCACCGUCGGAUUACGACUUUGCUCUCUUGGAGUUGCAGGAGGCUAUGCCGAUCAACGAGUGCAUUGGCUUAGCAUGUCUCCCCUACACAGAUGACCUUCCAGGCCAAGGAUGCAGCAUCACCGGCUGGGGAGCAGCCGCCACGGGGCCACGGCCCAACAUUUUGCAGGAAGCAUCUGUCACCACCUUGACUCAUGAGGCAUGUGUAAAGAAUUAUUCGGAGCACAACUCCAGCAUCACCGCCUCGAUGCUGUGUGCUUCCGGCCUCUCUGAGUCGGGCCAGACCACCGAUGCCUGUCAUGGUGACAGCGGUGGGCCCUUGGUCUGCGAGGAGCACGGUGCCUUCGUGGUACGGGGCGUGACCUCCUGGGGCUUCGGCUGUGCCUCUGCACGGUUCCCCGGCGUCUACGGCCGGGUCUUCCGAGCCCUGGAUUGGAUCUACCGCACUAUGGCUUCAAGAGAAGAAGUGCCAGACGCAGACUUCCAUGGAAAGAUGUGGGCAGUCACUAAAGGCCCUUGCAAAACCGAUGAGAAGGGGUGUAUCACAAGCCCUGGAUUUCCGCACAACUACUCUGCCGACACCUACUGUGCGAUAGCUGUCAAUUCCUCGUCCGCCGUGCCAAUACAUGUGGAGGAGUUUGAGACAGAACCUGGCUUUGAUCAGAUGCUUAUGAACUGCGAAUCCUUCUCCGGCAACCGAAGUCCUGAGGGCAUAGCACACACCUUGUCCGUUUUUGCCAGCUGGGGUGUGCUGGCUGCACCCUUGUUCUUCACACUCAGUGGUUUCUGCCACUCUUAUGCAAAAAUGGUUGGGAGCAAGGAGCUCUACUGGCAUCAAGUACUGCAGCGUUCAGCCAGAACUGUCAGAGCAGGGGUCUACCUUUUGUGGCAGUAUAAGAUUUGCUGGACCCCCGAAACUUCGGAUGUCGUGCACGCGCGGGUGGCAAAAAGGCUUGUUGAUUGCCUACGGCGCAAUGAAGGCUUGUACGUCAAGUUUGGACAGGCCAUGUCCACCAUGGACAUUGUCCUGCCUGAGGAAUACAAAACUGAGCUUCGAAGCCUGCAUGACCAAGCUGCAACCUUUGACUUUCCACAGGUGCGCGAUGUGGUGGAAGCAGAAAUGGGAAAGACAUUAGAGGAUGUUUUCAUUGACUUCCAGGAGGAGCCCAUUGCCUCUGCCAGUAUUGCUCAAGUACAUCGUGCCACCUUACGUGGUGAGUUUGCAUCCAAUGGUGAAAGCUUGCCGGUAGCUGUGAAGGUCCAGAAACCAAACAUUCGGGCGCAAAAUGGCUGGGAUUUGUUCCUCUACAAGCUAGUGUUAUUGGUGGUCGAGCGUGCGUUUGACCUUCCCAUGGUUUGGACUUAUGACUACACCAAGCAGCAGCUGGCUGACGAGUUAGACUUUCGUGUUGAAGCCACCCACGCCAGGCGAGCGCAGGCAGAGCUAGAUUCUUGCCGACGCUUGAAGGGCAAGGUAGCAGUACCUGAAGUCCAGGAGAAGGUCUCAGGACAUCGUGUCCUGGUCAUGGAGUGGAUUGAUGCACUGGGACCGGCCAGCGAUGCUGCUGCACUGCAGAAGGCUAACCUGAAGCCUUCGGACAUCAUGCGCACAGCUACAGAGGUCUUUGGCUAUCAGAUUUUCAGCACUGGACAUGUCCAUUGUGACCCUCAUCCGGGCAACCUCCUGGUACGCUUGAGCCCACCAGGCUCGCCACAGAGGUGGCAGCUGGUACUGCUAGAUCACGGCCUUUACUGCGAGUUGAGUCCAAAACUACGCCGUGAGUAUGCCGACUUUUGGGUGUCUGCCGCGCUGGGAGACACGGAAAAGACUGUGAAGAUCUGCGGGCAGUGGGGCAUCGUCGACCAGGAUGCCGCUGAACUGUUCGCUUCUUUGACCCAGUUCUGGCGUGUGCGGCUCGGCGGUGCUCGCCUUGCGAACCUGGCGCAGCUCUUUGGUGGAAAGAGUAGUGCGCCAGAUGUGGUGGUGAAAGCAAGGCCACAUAAGAUGACUCCCAAGCAAUUGGCCGAGGCACAAACCAAGCUGAAGGCCCGGGCCAAAAAGAUCCUUGGUGACACCAGCGCUUUUCCGCGAGAGUUGCUCUUUGUGGGCCGCAGCCUCAACAUGAUCCGCUCGGCGAACUUUGCCUUGGGCACGGCCGUGAACCGAGUCGCCAUCCUGGCAGAGUGCGCUGCUGCAGGAUCCACCCUGGACAAUGGGACCUUGGGAAAGCGGCUUGCGCUUCUCAAUUUUCACUUCCGCGUGCAAGGCUUGCUGGCUGCCUAUCGCUUGUUCCAGUGGUACCAAUACUUCGAGGCGAAUGCCACCAAGACCCUUGGUGCAGCUUUCAUGCUGGGCUUGGCACCCUUAGUCAUCGCUGCGGGACCGGUCUUCCACAGCAAGGUGGAGCAGUUGCCUCCCCUGGACUACGGACCACAUGCAGGAGGUUGA